AUGCGGAGAUACAAUGGUAGGCACACGUUCACCAUAGGAACAAUUUCACAAGAUCAUUUUAAGUUGAACUCAGACACAGUUGCUAAGGCUAUAAGGCCAUUGGUUAAGACCGACCCGUCCAUCAAGGUGAAAUCUAUAAUUGCGAAAGUCCAAUCAAGGUUCAACUACACCAUCAGUUACCGAAAGGCUUGGUUGGCAAAGCAGAAGUCCAUAGUCAAAGUUUUCGGUGGUUGGGAAGAUUAUUACCAAAGAUUCAAGUAUUGCAAGCCUCUGGUUCAGGUUGAUGGCACAUACCUUUAUGGAAAAUACAAAGGUGCGCUUUUGGUUGCUGUUGCACAAGAUGGGAACUAG